GGAUGCUCUUGAUUUUGACUUACAAUUUCCGAGUGGGGUUAAAAGUUUACGGAUUGGAUUAAAAUUACGUAAACAUGUCCUUAUUUUAAUAAUGAAAAUUAUAAAUGAUUAACGAAAUUAAAAACAGGAGUGAAUUAUGAAUGUUACAAGCUAUGUACAGCAGCGCCAGUAUGGGCUGUCAAGAGGAAGGAAGACUUCACAGAGAAAAAUGGAAUACUUCCUGGAAACAAAACUGACUAAAUCAUUUGUUAAUAAGGCAUGUGAGAUAUCGGGGAGCUGUAGAGCUACUUUUGUGAUGCAGUUCAGUCCUGAUGGGACAAAAGUAGCAUCAACACACGGAGACCACUCUGUGCGAGUUACUGAGAUAGCUACUGGGAAAUGUCUGCAUACAUUGCGAGGACACCCACGUACACCAUGGAGCCUAGCAUAUCAUCCGUCGUACAGUAACAUAGUAGCUAGUGGUUGUUUAGGAGGACAGGUCAGGAUAUGGGACCUGUAUGGCCAUGGUUGUGAAGUAUGGGACACAGAUAAUAAUUCCGUUGUUGCAGCACUGUCUUUUCACCCGACGGACCAGGUGCUUGUUAUUGCAGCCGGCAAUACCAUCUACUUCUGGGACUGGACAAAGCCGGAGCCAUUUGCCAAAUGUAGUACCAGUCAUGAUUAUGAAAGAAUCAGGUGGAUUCACUUUGACAGUCUUGGACACACUUUAUACACGGGAAUUUCCAACAACACUUCUGUUCAUAGAGAUCAGCUGACUAGUAUAUCCCACAUGGGCGAAGAAAGGCCACCGCCAACAAGCCAGCCAUCAAGAUUAAGUUCUGUGUACAAUAAUAUUGUAAGCUAUUACCAAGACUACAGGAGGGAUAGACUCUUCAGUCAACUAGGUCCUGCUGACAACUCGGGGUUGCCGGUGGCAACAGGAAUUGGCAGUAUAGUAGAGAGGAGCAUGGGGACAGGACAAGGUUAUGAUGUUUUCCCUGACCUCCAUAAUGAGGACAUGGGAAGACCCACCUCUCCUGUUUCCCCACCAAGACCACCAGUGGCAGGAAUCAGUGGUCAUCCAGUAGCAGGUCAAUCCCUUAGGGGCAACGAGAACAAUUUUGCCUCCUAUGCCAGUCAGAUUUCACGUGCAUCGAGACCCCCAGAAUCUCAGCCAUGUCCUGAAUAUAUAAGACGCAGGAGAAGAUGGCAGUGCUAUGAUUAUCCAAGAUUUAAUGCAUCUGACAGGACGGGAAACGUACGGCCAAGCACACAGUCUGUAUUUGGAAGUUUGCCGGAAACAGAGAGGGAUCUCUUACUAAACCCAACAUUUGAUCCUUUCCUGUCGUCAACAAGGGAAUCAAGUGGCAAUGAGCUUGAAAAUCCAUCAGCUGGUUUAAUACCUAAUACAGCUGGCACUUUGAGACAGAGGACAACUGCUUUGAGAAGAAUUUCUGCUGAGUCAUCGUUGAGCAGACAUCAGUUGCCUGCCAUUGAUAUUACGGAGGAAAUUGAAAUUCCGUUAGAGGCCGUAACAGGUCAAUAUGUAAGGCCACAGGCAAACUGUCCAAGAACUAAUACUGUGUCAUCUCACAGUGAACAGACGGACACUAGUGCUGAUACAAGUGUAGUUGUAAAUAAUGCUAGAAGUAGUUGUAUAUCAAGUGUUAGUCAAUCAGUAGAGAAUCAUUCCAUAAACAAUAGGGAGAAAAAUUUUAGUAAUGAAACUUCUCGGACUACAACAAAUAAUGACACUAAAGUUUCAAUGGCAGCCCCAAUGUCUACACUUUUAUCAAGAUUUUUACAAAGGUCGUCACAGAAAUCAAGUGAAGCAACGUCAACAACAAAUUCGUCAUCAGCGACUACCAAGAUAUUUCCAAGUAUUCGAGAACGUUUACAGUUGUCGAUUCCGCUGUCUACAGAGAUGACGUCUGCAAGCAAACCUAAGGUGACUCUUUCACAGACUACUGGUAUUCCUAAAGUAACUGUGAUAAUGAGCAGUCAUACUGAUGAAAGUCCACAAGUUACAGGUCAUGGAACAAAUAUGCCAUGUUCUCUGAAUCAGCCUAGAGUAUCCCAUACUCCUCUAGCCAUACCGGUAUGUUCAAUAUCUAACACAAACUCGGCUGCCUAUAGUGUUACGCGUUCGCAGGCUGUGAACGGAAGUACUGGUUGUUUGCGAGUUGGUGCUAACCAACCUCAAAGUGCUAAUUUAUGUCCAAGAAGUGCUACAGCUACAGAAACUGAUGUUACCAGUCAGUCUUUAUUUAACAGUCAAGAUGCUUGGCGCCCAUUAAGUGCUAAUAACUCUACUGUUAGUUCAAGCAGGCAGACCUGCACUACAACUGUGACCAGUGAAUUACUCCCUCCUGUUGCAAUAAAUACACCUACAAUCGUGGCCAGUACCAGCAGUCAUUCUACUUUAUUUGAGAACAUUUUUCACAAUUCGAAUACAGUGAUGCAAACUUCUGGUGUAAAUUCUGGUCACCAUUCCACACGAGGACGUAGUUACCUCCCUUCAUUUCGUUCACAGCCUUACAGUUGGCAGAAUAGAAGCCGUUACCUUUCUCUCAUGGGGCCAUACCUUCAGAGUAGGGGUGUAAAUCCCCAAGCUCCUGAACAUACAUCAUAUCCUGUGGAGGAAGUUUCUUCAAACGAAGGUCUGCCUUUAAGGUCACAGAGUUCUGGUCGGGAGUCUGCCAGUUUUCAGUGCGACCAAGCUUCCAGUGAUACAGAGAAUGAGCUGAGCUCUCAUCUACAUCAAUCUGGAGCUUAUUUCCUUCCGAUUCCUGAAGAUCAACGUCGUGCAGCAUCAUCUGCAUCUCUUAGGUCAUCGGGAAGUUUAGACCGUAACACUGACCCUUCAGUUUUGAGGAGGUUCAAUGUAUCGCCUGGGUCAGCUGAUAGUUUACAAGGUCGCACAUCAGCCUCAGACAGUUCUCAAGGCCAAAGGUCAGAAAGUGCUCAUAGUCAGAGGUCAAGGUCAGGUAGCAUACAGGAACAUAGAUCUAGGUCAAAUUCACAGGAAUAUGAAGUUGAAUUAGUUGUGGACCAAAAUGAAAAUUACACAACUAAUCGGAAUGUUCAUCCGGAUGUCCCUCAAAGGGAGGAAAUUGUGCAUCGGAGUCAUGACAGCAACAACAAUUCCAUACAUAUAUCUGUGAAUAAUAACCCAGCUUUGAACUCUAUCAGUCAGAGAGUUGAUCAAAGGAAUACUGAUUAUGUGCGUUUGCGAGACAGCUUUGUUUCAAUGACUGAUCAGAUUGAACGAGAAAUGAACGAUUUGAAUAGGCGGAUAAACGCUUUACGUGAUAGUUUCAGCGAGAGUAUAAGAUCGCUACGCCAUGAUAGACGUAGGUACGAGACCCUGGAUGGUCAUCUGCCAGCGGAGACAGCAACAAACCUGGGACCUCAUGAUGUACAGGAUGUUGGAGACCUGCAAGCAGAUGUAGGAGCAACAGAUGUGCUAUCACUGCCUGGGGCAGCAGGGCUUCAUACUCCUGAUGAAGUUCAAAGUGGUUCAGGUAUACCUGUAUCUCAACCUUCGACAUUGCUGGAGACAUCACUUCGUUUUCACACACAGGGAAGAAGGCCACUACAUCCCAGAAAUCCUUUACAGGGAGAUGACGAGGCACAAGACGACACGCACCACUGGCGUACAUUACAGAGACAUUAUCUCCACCCACACUAUUCCUCAAGUAUUCUUGACGAUACAAUAAACAGACCAAAUAAUGUAAUACAGUCUGCAAUAAACCGGGCGAUAGCAGGUGCUUUUAUGGGUACUGGUGAGUCUGCAGUAGCUAACAAUAUCAUCAGCCAGACACACAGAAUACAAUACUGGGAUUUCUCCAAGUGUGUCAUACCAGAUAUAAGUCAAAGUAAAAUCAACAUUGUUGUUCCGCACUGUAAACUACAUAACAGUGCCAGUGCCAACAUAUCCCAGGAUAACACACUGCUGGCCACAUUUGUCCCUAAUCAUCAUGGUUUCCCUGACAACAAUAUCUUAGCAGUGUAUUCUUUACUACCAGGAACCAGAGGACAGUGCCUCUAUACUAAACAGUUUGGUCCAAAUGCUGUGUCUGUUAGUAUUUCACCUACUAAUAGCCACAUCUUGGUGUGUCUAGCAGCCAGACGUCUAUCCUGGGUUUUCACAAAUCAACAGCUGGUUGCACAUAUUUACAAACUAGAAAAGAAACAGGCAGGAGAAAAUUCUAUGAAGCAUGUGAAUAAUGUUGACCAUAUAUGCAGUUCAGAUGUACGUACACAUGUUAGUGGCAACUCUGCAAGCUGGCUUCCACUGCCUGGACAGGGACUUGUUUAUGGAACAAACAGAGGCGACCUCCAUAUAUGUAGACCUGGGGUCAAACAUGUAGCUGGAAAAGCAGAUUUAGAUGGAUCUGAAACCAGUCUAGGUGAUGCAGGAAGUGACAACAGUUUCCAGAGCUUGUUUGGACAGGUGCCCUGGAGAGUGUAUUCCAGUCCAAAUAGAGUCAGCACUUCAACACAGACUCUUGGUGUAAGGAGGUCCGCUGGUACCCAGACACCUCAGGAUACAUGAUGAUGUAAUGCAGCUGGUACCAAAACAUCUUAAGAACAUAUGAAGGUCUAAUGUCAGCUGGUUCCUCUAUAGCUCAGAACCUGUGAUGUAAUAUCAGCUGGUACCCAGAUGCCUUAUGACAGAAAACAUUUUUAUUUCACUGCAUCAAAACAAAGUGAUGGUUUAUUAAUUGAAAAAUAAUUGAGUUGAUAAAUAAAUCUUAAAUGUACUGGUAUGUAAGUUCAUAAAGAUUAUAUGUUUUAACAAGCGAA